UUUUAGAUAUGCCGUAUGUAUUCUGUACCCGAGAGAAAACCCCUUGGUGUGAAUAUGCCGAAAAUGCACAAUUUGGACCUACUACCAAAAUGUUACAAGAGCUGGCUGUUAUACACAACAUGGUAAUAAUAUCACCAAUUUUGGAACGUGAUGAGAUUCAUAGCGAUUCUAUUUGGAAUACAGCUGUUGUUAUCGAUAAUCACGGUGAUUAUUUAGGAAAACAACGAAAAAAUCAUAUUCCACGGUCUGGAGAUAUAAACGAAGCAAUUUAUUGUAAUGAAGGAAACUCAGGUCAUCCUGUGUUUGAGACUGAAUUUGGAAAAAUUGGUAUCUCGUUCAGCUGCCAUCAUCCACUAAAUUCUUUGAUAUUUGGUGUUAAUGGAGCAGAAAUAGUUUUCAAUCCAUCAGCUGCUGGUGGAGUUGGUACUGAACCUCUUUGGUCCAUCGAACCAAGAAGUGCUGCCAUAGCCAAUGGAUAUUUUACUUGUGCAGUAAAUAGAGUAGGUACUGAAGUAUUCGAGAAUGAUUUUACUACCGGAGACGGGAAAUCUCCUCAUCGAGAAAGUGAUUACUAUUUCGGAUCAAGUUAUGUUACUGCACCAAAUGGUAACAGGUCUCCUGGACUAUCCAGAACCAAGAACGGCAUCCUUAUUGUUGAAAUGGAUUUAAAUCUCUGUCGACAAAUAAAGGAUCAAUGGGGAUUCCAGAUGUCACAAAGGUUAGAUCUUUACGCCGAACUAUUAAAUCGGGCUACUAGAUCCGAUUUUGCUCCUCAGAUUGUAAGAAAAUCUUGCAAACAGCAACUGUAAUUUUGAGUUCUUAAAUAAAGUUUAUUGUUGCCA